GAGAGAGAGAGAGAGAGAGAGAGAAUAAUUCAAGAGGUCAUCGAUCCCACAGAAGAGAAAACGAUGUUCAAGUGCUUUGGACGCUUUUGCAACCUGCAACUCUGAGAGCAUAGUGAAGAGGAGGUGGCUACUGUGUGGCUGGGGAGUGAGAUGAUGAUGAAGAAGAAGACACUGAUAUGGGCAUAGCAACACCACCGCUUCAAUCAGUUAUACCUCGUUCAAAGGUUCACCAUCAACUUCAAUCCACAGACAAGUUCAAUUCUUUGAAUUCUAUGUCCCAAGAUUAUCACCAAGGUCUUUUCAGUUUCUCGAAUGGGUUCGAGAGAUCACAACAAGAGCAACAGCACCAACAGCACAUAGCACAGCAGAUCCGAAGGGAUAAGCUAAGAGUGCCGGGCUUCGAGCCGCCGUCACCAUUAGUGGCUAUAGACGAAGAAGAAUCCGGUGGAAUUCCGGGGUAUGAGACGGCCGGGAUGUUGUCAGAAAUGUUCAAUUUUCCAUCUGGGUCCGCCACAGCCGCAGAAUUGUUGGGGAACAACCAGAUACCCCCGAAUUAUCGGAACCCACGGCCUGCUCCGGCCACCGGAGUGAGCACUGACUGGUAUGGAAACCGGCAAGGGAUGGUGGUGGGUGAUCUGGGACCGAUGGAUGAAUCCAAGAAUCAAAACAUUGUGAAUGACCGUGACAGUAUAGCUGCUCAUCAUCACCAUCAGAUUUCAGGCAUUAAUGCAGACUCUGCAGCUGCCAUGCAACUUUUUCUGAUGAACCCACAACCAAGGUCACCUUCACCAUCACCUUCUCAUCAUCCUCCCGCAACAUCUUCUACACUUCACAUGUUGCUUCCAAACCCAUCAACUACUACCACUCUUCAUGGGUUUCAUAACCCAGUUGGUGCUUCAUCCCCAUCAGGAGGGGCUUUUGGUCCAUCUCAAUUCACAUGGGUUCAUGAUAGUAGUCAUGAAGGGGGUAGUACUGCUACCCAACUCAACAAUUCUGGUGAAAUUGGAGGUGUUGUGGAAGGUCAAGGCCUUUCUUUGUCACUUUCUUCACUGCAACACUUGGAAGCAGCAAAAGUUGAGGAAUUGAGGAUGGGAGAUGGUGGGAUGUUGUUCUUCAACCAAGGUGGAGGGUCUACUUCUGCACAAUAUACCUAUAAGAAUUUGGGUGGCCACCACCACCCAUUUCAUUUGCAAGGUGGGGUGGGUCAGAACCACCAAGUUCAUGGUGGGAUUGGUUCUUCAUUAGGGGUGGUCAAUGUUUUGAGGAAUUCCAAGUAUGCCAAGGCUGCCCAAGACUUGCUGGAAGAGUUUUGUAGUGUUGGUAGGGGUCAAUUCAAGAAGAACAAGUUUGGAAGGCAUAACAUAAACCCUAGUUCCAAUCUAAGUGGUGCUGGUGCUGGUACUGGUCCUGGUUCUUCAUCUUCUUCAAAGGAUCUCCCUCCCUUGUCAGCUUCAGAUAGGCUUGAGCACCAGAGAAGGAAGGUCAAACUUCUAUCCAUGCUUGAUGAGGUAGAUCGAAGAUACAACCAUUACUGUGAGCAGAUGCAAAUGGUGGUAAACUCAUUCGACUUGGUGAUGGGUUUUGGUUCGGCAGUUCCGUACACAGCUCUUGCCUUAAAGGCCAUGUCUCGGCAUUUCCGAUGUCUUAAGGAUGCUGUAGCAGCACAAUUGAAGCACAGUUGCGAGCUGUUGGGAGAGAAAGACGCAGGCACAUCAGGAGUGACAAAGGGAGAGACUCCAAGGCUUAGAUUGCUUGAGCAAAGCCUAAGACAGCAAAGAGCAUUUCAUCAAAUGGGUAUGAUGGAACAAGAAGCUUGGAGACCCCAAAGAGGCUUGCCUGAACGUUCUGUCAACAUUUUGAGAGCUUGGCUUUUUGAGCAUUUUCUGCACCCGUAUCCAAGCGACGCAGAUAAGCAUCUGUUGGCACGACAGACUGGUCUAUCGAGAAACCAGGUCUCAAACUGGUUCAUUAAUGCCAGGGUCAGGUUGUGGAAACCUAUGGUGGAAGAGAUGUACCAGCAAGAGAGCAAAGAAGAGACAGAGGAAAGAGAAAGGAACCCAAACAGUGGCAAUGCACAAACUCCAACGCCUACUACAACAACAGCAACAGCCAUGGCAUCAGCAUCAACAACAACAACUCCUUCAUCUAUUACAGCAACAGGCAAAAAAUCCGAAAUCAAUGCCAUUGACAAUGACCCUUCGCUCAUCGCAAUCAAUAAUAGACAAUGCUUCUCGGAAAACCAAGCAAAACAGACGAACUGCUCCACCACCACUAUGCCCACUACAACUCUGACCACCACCGGUGUCACCGCCUUGACACCAGACACAUGUCGCCGUGGCGGCAUGGUUGGAGCUGAUUAUGGGACGACCACCACCACAUCUGGGAAUGCUGACAUUGGGUCAACAGUUAUAAGGUUUGGGACCGCUGCCGGUGAUGUUUCACUCACUUUAGGGCUACGUCAUGCAGGAAACCUGCCGGAGAAGAGUCCUUUUUCAGUCAGAGACUUUGGGGGCUUUUGAAAUAAUACUUAUUAGUGUCUGAAAAACAAAAUUAGAGCUCUCAUGGGAUUAUUAGUACUUAUUUUUUUGCUCUAAAUCUACCAAGAAAAAUAUAUCAUGGGAAAGGUAACUCUUGUGUUAGCUAGCAAUAUGAGGUGUAUUAUAACUGUAUAGAGUAUUGUUUUGCAUCUAUCAUUUAUAAGGUUUUGUACUUUAUUUUCUCUAAAAUAACAUGAAACUAUGUUUAGACUUUAGAGGGAAUGAAAGGGUUAUGAGAAG